AUGCCAGACAAGGACGCAGGCGAGACAGAAUGGACCAUCUCAGGUCGCUACACAGGCCGAAGUGAUAUUCCCCUAACUCCCCAUGGAGAAAAGCAAGUUUCCUCUUCCGCAGGCGUUCUAGUUGGUCCAGGCAAGAUUAUCGAUCCAUCCAAACUCGCCCACCUAUUCAUAAGUCCACGAACUCGAGCUCGUCGCACAUUCGAGAUUCUCUUUGACGGAAAUACACAGAAGGAACUUGAAAAUAAAACAGAGAUUACUGAAGAUAUCCGGGAAUGGGAAUACGGUACCUAUGAGGGGCUUCUUACUGCUCAGAUCCGAGCCGCUAGAAAGGAGAAGGGCUUGGAUAGUGAGAGGCCGUGGAACAUUUGGCUUGAUGGUUGUGAAGAGGGGGAAACGGCAGCUGAGGUAUCGAAUCGCUUGGAUUCGGUGAUUGCGAAGAUUCGUGAAAUUCAGGCACCUUACAUGCAUGGGGAGAAAGGUGUAGAUGUUGUGCUGAUUGCUCAUGGACAUAUCUUGAGAGCUUUUGCGAAAAGAUGGAUUGGAUUUGAGAUGGGGAGAGCACUACCUAUGAUGCUUGAACCUGGAGCUGUGGGAGUGUUGAGUUAUGAACAUCAUAAAGUUGAUGAGCCGGCCUUCUUGCUAGGUGUGAAUAUGGGCGCCAGCGAGGUGUAG